AUGACAUCUCUUAGUGGUCGUGUAUAUGUCGUGACGGGUGCCGCAUCUGGAAUCGGGCAAGCCACCGCGGUCCGGCUCGCAGAGCUUGGAGCAACCGGGCUUGCUUUAUGCGACGUCAACGCGGCUGGACUGGAAGACACUAAGAAGCUGUGUCUCAGCGCAGGGACGCCCGUCAUAAGCGUGACAAAGGUCGAUGUAAGCGAUGCCGCACAAGUUGAAGAAUGGAUUCAAACCACGGUCAAGCAUUUCGGUAGACUUGAUGGGGCAGCCAAUGUCGCUGGUAUCGCAGGAGGUACAGGGGAAACAACUUGUGAAACGAUUGACGAGAUUGACUGGGACCGCAUGAUGAAUGUCAACCUCAAAGGCGUCAUGUUCUGCAUGCGUGCUCAACUCCCUCAUCUUCCCCGGCCGGGAGGAGCUAUCGUCAAUGUGUCCAGUACUUCCGGUCUGCGUGGUCUCCCGAAUAACGCUGCGUACGCCACUAGCAAGUUUGGGGUGAUUGGUCUAACGGAGUCGGCGGCUGGCGAGUUUGGGCGACAGGGUAUCAGAGUGAACGCUAUCCUCCCGGGACCUAUAGACACUCCGAUCUUUCGUGAUGGAGAGGCAAAGGGUUUGUUCAGUUCCAGUCAAACAAGCGCGAGGACAUGCAUGGGCCGCAUGGGCAAGCCGGAAGAAGUCGCCAGAGUCCUUUGUUUCAUGUUGAGCGACGCCGCAUCGUAUGUUACUGGUGCACACUGGACUGUGGACGGUGGGUAUGCAGCAUGUUAG